GUCCCCCUCAAAUUAUAACAUACACUCAAAAUAAUAUUGAGUUUCAGGCCCUAGAGUUUUAUCGUAUAAUAUUCGAUCGUCCUAGCAUUAUCGUCAUUGAAUGUCUUAUUAUCUGUUAUUAACAUAAAAGUUUGAUAUAAAUUACUAUUAAUUUUAUCAAUUUGAUUUGUUUUUUAUAUUUUUAGCUAUAAUUAGGCGAUUUGAAUUGAUAGAAUGAAGUCACUUAAACUCUUACUUGUAAAGUGACAGCAAAUCAAUUUUAUUUGUCAUAAUUUAAGAAAGUGAUAUGUGUUAUUUUAGAUUGAAUAUUAAGAAUUUUAAUUUGAAGUUACUAAUUUGAAAAUCUAUUGAGGAGACAAUCGCUAGUACGAAGUUUUCAGAGAAGUUAUCAACGACCGUAAAAAUGUCAAAGCGUUUUGCAGAAAGCGGUGACUCAAUGUCUCAACCACCUAUCAAAAAAGUACAAUUCGAGCCUAUAAUAAUUGGAUCAGUUUCUACUUUAGAAGAAAUGGAUAUGAAAGUCCUACAGUUUCAAAACAAAAAACUCGCUCAGAGGUUAGAACAGCGGCAUCGCAUAGAAGCUGAGUUACGUCAAAGAAUAGAACAACUUGAAAAAAGACAAACGCAAGAUGAUGCAGUGUUGAAUGUUGUGAAUCGUUAUUGGAAUCAGUUGAAUGAAGAUAUUCGCGUAUUGCUCCAAAGAUUCGAUGCUGAGACUGCCGAUGAAUCUGAAAACAAAAAUGAAUCCGAAGCAACAACAUCUUUCUUAAUGCAGUUAUCGUCUUGGGAUAAAGAAGAAUUGGAUGAUAAAUUGGCACACCGAGUACAAGUAUCGAAACGUGCGGUUUCUAAAGUCGUACAGACGUUUGAUCGUUUGUCACAAAGAAAUGAAAAAAUAACUCUGGCUUUAAAAGGCGAAUACAAUGAAGAAGCCCCACCAAUAGAUGAAGUUGUCAAGAAAACUAACAUUGAAAUUCAAGCUGAAAACCGAAAUUUACAAGCUAUCAAUCUUCAGCUUCAUGAAAAAUAUCACGCAAUGUCUUUAAAAAUGUCAGAAUUGCAAGACACCAUUACUGGAAAAGAUACUCUCACAGCUGAAUUAAGAAAUCAAGUGGAUGAUUUGCAAUACGAAGUUAACAAAGUCCGUGCUAGAAAUGAUAAGCUAGAACACCAUCUUGGAGAAGCAAUAGAAAAACUGAAAACAUUCCAACAAAUUCAUGGUUCUGAUGAAAAAGGAAACAAUAAACCAAAUACUCUUGUUGCUUCUAGUGUUUCCCAAACAAAGUUGGACGAUGUACAAAGAGAAUUGGAAGAAACUCGUGAAUUAGCAAACAAUAGAUUACAAGAGUUGGACAAAUUACAUCAACAGCAUCGGGAUGCUUUGAAAGAAGUUGAAAAACUUAAAAUGGAUAUUAGGCAACUUCCAGAAUCUGUCAUUGUUGAAACGACUGAAUACAAGUGUUUACAGUCACAAUUUUCAGUACUUUACAAUGAAUCUAUGCAAUUAAAAACUCAACUUGAUGAUACGCGUCAACAAUUACAAUCAAGCAAAAAUUCGCAUUUACGUCACAUUGAAAUGAUGGAAAGUGAAGAACUUAUGGCCCAAAAAAAAUUGCGUGGUGAAUGCAUCCAGUUAGAAGAUGUACUUGCUCAACUGCGUAAGGAAUAUGAAAUGUUACGAAUAGAAUUUGAGCAAAAUUUGGCUGCAAAUGAACAAACUGGUCCAAUAAAUCGCGAAAUGAGACAUCUCAUAACAUCUUUGCAAAAUCAUAAUCAACAAUUGAAAGGUGAAGUACAUCGCUAUAAACGUAAAUACAAGGAAGCAUCGACUGAAGUUCCUAAAUUAAGAAAAGAAAUUGAAGAUUUGACAGCAAAACUAGGACAACAGGUUACUCAAGAAAGCAAAGAAGGUAAUAGUUCUGAUGGCAGCGGAAAAGAAGAAGAUUCGUCAACUUAUUUAUCUGCAACAAUUCAGAUAAAAGAUGAAGGAAUUGCUGUUAUUAAGAGAGAGUUAACUGUUGAUGAAGAAAUAGAUUCUGCUGAAAAAAGUGAAUGUGAAAGUAAAAAUUCUUCUGAUACUCACACACUAAAUUCGUCUACUUUAAAAAAAGAUAAAGACAUUAAACGUGAAAAAGAUCUAAAAAAAGAAGUAGGAGUAAAAACUGAACAUAAAGAAAAUACAGUACAUCGAAUAAAAGAUUCGAAAGUCAUUGAGUCGGAAAUCGUUAGAGACUUGAAAGCACAAUUGAAAAAAACUGUAAAUGAAAUGAAAGAAAUGAAACUCUUGCUCGAUAUGUAUAAAGGUGUAGGAAAAGAACAACGUGAUAAAGUUCAGUUAAUGGCUGCAGAACGGAAAAUCCGUACAGAAGUUGAAGAAUUGCGUCAACAGCUCAAAAAAAUUCAAGAAAACAAACGCGAAGAACGGAAAAAACUGGCUGAUGAAGACGCACAAAUUAAGAUCAAGAAACUAGAAGAACAAGCGUAUAAUCUACAAAAACAAGUUGCUUCUCAAAAACAGGAAGAAGAAGCGCUAUUGAACGAAAUGGAAGUGACUGGGCAAGCAUUUGAAGAUAUGCAGGAACAAAAUUCCCGACUUAUUCAACAGUUACGUGAAAAAGAUGAUGCGAAUUUUAAAUUGAUGACUGAAAGAAUUAAAAGUAAUCAAUUGCAUAAAUUAGCAAGAGAAGAAAAAGAUGUCUUAAAAGAACAAGUAUUAACUUUGACUACUCAAGUUGAAGCUGCAAAUGUUGUUGUGCGCAAAUUAGAAGAAAAAGAACGAUUAUUACAAAAUUCAUUAGCGACAGUUGAGAAAGAAUUAGCUUUGCGACAACAAGCGAUGGAAAUGCACAAACGAAAAGCAAUAGAAAGUGCACAAUCGGCUGCAGAUCUCAAACUUCAUCUUGAAAAGUAUCAUUCUCAGAUGAAAGAAGCUCAACAAGUGGUUGCUGAAAAAACUAGUUCACUAGAAGCGGAAGCUUAUAAAACAAAAAGAUUGCAAGAAGAAAUUGCGCAAUUAAAACGUAAAGUUGAAAGAAUGAAGAAAAUAGAAUUGGCUGAAACAUUGGAUGAAGUUAUGGCUGAAGAAUUGCGAGAGUAUAAGGAAACACUUACUUGCCCAUCAUGCAAAGUUAAACGCAAAGAUGCAGUACUAACAAAAUGUUUUCACGUUUUCUGUUGGGAUUGUCUACGGACUCGUUACGAAACUCGGCAAAGGAAAUGCCCUAAAUGUAACUGCGCAUUCGGCGCAAAUGAUUAUCAUCGAUUAUAUUUAUCUACGUAAAAAGAGUAUCAUUGUUAUGAUUUAAUUGCUUACAUAGCCUUUUUUGACCAACUACUUUCGUAUAAUAAUGUAACAUGGUGUUAAAAUUCUAAUAAUCUUCAAGUAAUUUCAAUCAUCUUAUAAGAAAUCCAAUUCAAUAAAUUGAUUUUUAGACAAAG